AUGGCCUCGGUGUCCUCGGGCCGGCAACCAUCGGGGGCGACAUGUUGCUGGUCCUCGCCGCCCUCGGCUUUCUCCUCUUCCGGUGGCUCGGCAAAGGCUCCACAUACGGAGACGGCCGUCACCCUGCCCGCGGUCCUCCUGGGAUUCACCAUCAAGGCGGAGGCUUUCAUCUACACCAGCCUCAUCGCAGGCAUUGUGCUCGACAGACACAACAUUCCUCUGUCACGGGUCGCCGAGAUACAAGUUAUCCGUUUGACGAACGACAGGCCUCUGAGGCUGGCAUGGCUUCUCGUCACGUCAGCCCGGAGUUCGGCUUUGCAAGUCGGACUUGCCAUCCUUCUUCUGCUCACCACCCUCGUCGUCCACUUUUACUUUGGGGCUCUGUUGUCUGAACCUGGGCCUGACGUCUCUUGCUGA